GUGCAAUGGCUGAGCCUCGCCCUGGGUGAACCACCUUCUUGAUCAUGGUAUCUCCCCUGCCAGGUAAGUAUGAGUUGUACACAUCACAGCCAGGGAAGUCUUUCACAGACAUACCAUGCUAACUGAUGGUGCUGACAAUCAAUACAUCAUCAAAACCACAGGCUAUAAGAGGCUGUGGAUCUGCAGGAAGUCAAUACAGAAGGAGCAGUUUUGAACUAAGGCUAACAAAGAUUAAAAGAUUAUUUAUAUCUUAUUUGAGGAGUAAGGACUGGCGUUCCCAUGAUGCAUUGCUGUAUUUCUACAUCAAUAGCUGACCUAAAAUCACCCAUUUUAUCAAUUUUACCUCAAACAAAUGAGUAAUAACCCCACAGAAAGUUCAGAUGAGCCAAAGCUAAAUCAUACUGCAAUCAAAUGUUGUUUGAUGCACAUUUGAAAUUCAGAGAAAAGAAUAAAAACACAAAACACACGUUUUUCCCCCCUCACAUUACAACCACUUCCUGUUUCUUUGUUCACUGGUGGUGGGCAACAGACAUUCCUGCUACUGCCACCUACUGCUCUGGAGUGUGAACUACGCUGUUUGACAAAUAGCACAUUGACUCAGUGACAUACAGAAUGUUUUUUUUUCUGUAUACAAGUAACAGUAACAAUAAAUAAUUCAGACAACAGAAAAUUAAGUACACAUGUAUUCAGUGUUUCUAGCUUCUUUCUGACAUAUCAGGGAACAGCAGGCUGUGAAACCAGCAGAAAUGCAGCAGUGAGUAGUGUUUCCCCUGCCACUGCCUUGGAGGGGCGGCCCGUUUGUAUCGAUAUAGUUUAAAGUUACGUUAAAAUACAUAAGCCAUUUCUUCCGUUAUACGGUGCCAGUGUUUGCACCUCUCCUCUCUCACACUAUCAUCCCAACCCCGCCCCCACUCACUCACAAGUUCUCCUGCAACAGGAGGGAGACACAGCGCCAGUCCAGGCAGAGAAAGAGGCUAAGUUUACCGUUAACAGCUCAGAUAAUAGCUAAUAAACCGUCGAAUUAAUAUCAGCAGCAACUUGUGUUAUUAAGCACAAUCCACGAGUUGACAUGCAGUUGGUCGGCGUUGUUUUUCUUAUAGACAGGUUAUGAUAAACAGUGGCGUUACUUGUGAAUGGAGCCAUGCUAGCUAACUAGCCUGUAGCUAACUAGCCCGUGUUACCGUAUGCUGUCCGUUUUGUUAACACCGGCAGCGAAGUCAAACACUCCCUCAGCAGUUACUUGUUAUUUUCAUUUAAUAGUGGCAUGCAUGUCACCAAUUUGCAGCCUCCUGCUCUACAAAUAAGGGUUAUAAACACCAUUGAAAAGGUAGACCAUGAAAACCAAAGAUCACAAUCAAUGAAUGAAGUGUAUUAAUACCUGCAUAAUGUGUUGAAACAGUUGCUUUACUUCUGAACGUAGCAAGCACACUUUUGAAACUUCAUCUAACUUAAGAGUUUCUUUAUAUUUAACAUAUAGAGGGGGGUGCACCGUUCCUGGAAGUACUGCAAUACCAGGUCGAUGCGCGGAGUGGACGGAGCAAGCCCCUAUUCCAUCUCCCUGUUCCAAAAAUCAAUUUAAUAUAUGGUCCCCGGAUAGGGGACGUAUCAGAUAUUAAACUGAUAAGAACAGAUACUACACUUGAUCUUAGCCAAAAGGCCGAGAAGCGAUAACGGAUGUACUCCGGAGGUGAGGGAGGGAUUCUCAGCACAGUCAGUAUCAGUGAUGGUUUUGGAUAUGAGCCACAACGUUUUGGAUCACAAUACGAAACACUAACAGUAUACAUUUGAUAUGUUGUGCCAAUGAUGUUGUUUUAUUGCGAGAUUGAUGACAAACGAAGUGUUUAUAAAUGUGCCGUGUUGUGUCCCCAUGACCACGUGGUACGCUUUAGUCCAAUAGGAAAUAGGAACAACAAACUGACCAAAUUUCCGUUCACAGGUCAAUAUUCUGUCAAUUAAACUCAACAACAAACUUGUGGCAAACUACUGUAUGAGGGGAGAUUAUUUUGAUGUUGGGGAAAAUUAUGUUUUUACGAUUCAAUGCUCAAUUCACAACAAAUGCAGCUCCUCCAGCGGCCUCUGGUGGACACACGAAUUAACUGCACCCUUCAUGGACCUUCAUCACAUGUUACACACCGCAAUACACAGAAUUUACCCGCCUGAUAUUCCUCCAGAACAGAAGACAUGACCACUGACAUUUAAUGGAAAGUAUUCCAGUAUAACAAAUGGUAAUGUAACCUUGACUACCAGGUUAGGUCUACAGAAAAGUUCAGUCUCCGCUGAUGCUUAGUAAGAGUAAGUGCAAGAGUAAGAGUAAAGUAAUAGAUUAUACAUCCUACAACCUUGACAUGAAUACUUCACUUUGUUCUCAGCAACGUGAGAUAUUAGACAAAACGACGUUAGCAAUGCCCCACAUCACCACCACGACCUACAAAUUUAAGUUAACACAAAAAAAUGAAAAAUAAAUUACUAAACACUUACUUCAACCUCUAACUACCUGCCAAUGUGCCGGUCCCUUAAAUUAAUAAUCAGAAUAAACGGUUAUUGUAACAAACAUGGACCGGAGUGGAAGUAUUCAGUAACGGUAACGGGGUUUCAUGAGACCCGGGGUACGUUAAUCUAACGCCGAGCGGCUACAAGUGAGUCUCAACUGAACUUAACCAACCAGCAACUUUUCACUGACGACAAUGUCAAGUAUUGACACGAGUCUGCGUUUACUGCACAAAAAGUAAAAGUGUGGGCUGGCUGGCACUGACUUGCGCAGGUAUGACGAGAAAUCCAGCACAGACCUGAGAGAGGAGAGAAACUCCAGCACUUCUGUGACGGACUCUCUCACAAAAAAAUAAGGAGGAAGACGUGCUCUCAAGAACACCUGUAAAAAGCAAAAAAAAAAAAAAAAAAAAAAAGGACAGUGGAAGAGGAAACCCUGGGAACGAGGAAAAGCUGUUUUGGAAGUAGGAAGACAAAGAGGACAAUACGUCAGAAUGUAACACAACCUGGAGGAGGGAGAUUCUUCUAGUGCUCUUCAAUCAAUGGAUCUGGGCUACUAAUGUGGCACUUUAGGCUCUGGGAUGUACAAGAUGUUGCUGUGUUUCUCAGCAUCACAUUAUAUAUGUGCCACCUAGCCGGAGCCAUCUCCAUCCAUUCCCCGCAGAGGAGCCUCACCAGGUCAGUGCAGGAGGAUGUGUUUUUCUCAGUGGACAUUACCAGUAACGAGAUCCCCACCAUACAAUGGACCUUUAUGUCAGGAGCAGUGAGCCGCACCAUAGGGACAUGGCAGCCGGGGGUGUACACCAACAUCACAGUGGAUUACAGCAGCAGAGUGCAGGCCUAUAAAAAUGGCUCUAUGGGCCUGUCAGACCUGCGGCUGCAAGAUGCUGGAUUCUACGUGGUCACGGUUACAGAACUAUCAGGGAGCAGCAAGGACUCUGGCUUUGUCCUGAAAGUGAACGAGGUGCUGUAUGAGGAUCUUCAGUACCUGUCUGUCUCUGCGUUACUACUGGCCUGUUUGGCUGGCCUUCUCAUGCUGGCCAUGUGGCUACUAGACAAAGCCUACAGGAAGAUAAUGGCAUGGAGACGCAGGAAACAGAUGCCAGAAAAUGAUGUAACAGAGCUGCAGCCUCUCUGAUGGACAUCUAGCUGCGUCUUUGUGCAUGAAAAACACACCAGAGACUGUUCAUCAAACUUGUCAGUGUUGCAGCACGAGGAAUGCUUUUUAAAAUAUAGGUGUUAUGUACAUAUAUAUAACUAUGUAACUGCGCUACCAUGUUUACAUUUUGUAUUGUAUACACAUGUAUUUACAGCUCAUUGUUGAUGAAACUGGAUUGAAUGUAAAUAUAUCACUCAUAGCAAAUGGAAAAAAUACAUAUUAAUGUGUGAUUUUCUGUUACUGAUGGCCUCUUUAUAACAAUAAUACAAACUCAAAUCAGGUUCAGGUGUUGAAAAUUACACAGCUGGUUUCACUGUAUCAGACUUCAGAUGCAGUGAUAUUAGAUUAAUAACCACAUGACACUUUUCAGGUUUUUUCAGUGAUGCUUUUAAGUAGUAAAAAAAACUAAGAAGAUAUUAAUUUUAAAAAGUGAUAACAUCUUCCAUAUACUCAACUUACUCCAUAUGACUUUUGACAGUUUGCUGGUAGAACUAAAACCUCACUCAUGGCUGAAAGUUUUUUUCCAAAAUGCUGUUGCUCAAA